CGCUGUUGCCCCUCGCAACAGUCUGCUGAGGAAACGCUGGCUAGCAAACUUGUAAACAUCGAUUAAAUGUAGCGAGAAAAAGAAGCAAGAGGAAAUAAUGCGCAAAACAAGUACCGACACACUGUGGGAUCUGGCUGCAGAUGAGGUUCAGGCCAGAGAGAGAAGAACUGGACGUGAUCAGGACAUUGAUAAUGAUGAUAUUGAAGAAGAUAGCCAUGCUCCCUGUGAGAGGACUGUUUUCUUUAUGGGCAGUAAAACUGGGGGUAAAACAACAAUACUGUUCAGGUGUAUUGACAGAGAUGAAGUCCCCAAACCAACCCUGGCUUUGGAGUACACAUUUGGUAGGCGAGCGAGAGCGCACAACACUCUCAAAGAUGUAGCUCAUCUGUGGGAAUUGGGAGGAGGCACAUCUUUAUCAGAUCUUGUGCAGAUACCCAUCACUCCUCAGAAUCUCAGCACGUUGUCUGUGGUUUUGGUACUGGACCUGUCUAAGCCCAAUGCACUCUGGGCUACCAUGGAGAAACUCCUUCAAGCAGCUCUAAACCAAGUGGAAAAGGCAUUUGCUAUUACCAAAAGGCCAGGGGAGUCCAGACCCAGCAAACAGCUAAGCCAGAGCAAAGCAUUGCACAUUCUCCCCAAAGACCAUCCAGACAGAGAGCUCCUCAGCCCCUUUCCGCUGCCUCUUCUUAUCAUCGGUAGCAAGUUUGACAUCUUUCAGGACUUUGAAUCAGAGAAGAGGAAGGUGGUUUGUAAGACCCUGCGCUUUCUGGCUCAUUACUAUGGUGCAUCCCUUCUAUUCACUAGCACUAGAUCAGAGACUACGAUGUCUAAAGUCAAGAAUUUCUUCAAUCAUGUAGCUUUUGGAACUGAGAAAGGGAAGUACUUGUCUACAGACCACAGCAAACCUCUGAUAAUUCCAGCAGGCAUGGACUCUCUCAGUCAGAUCGGAACUGUCGAUGUUGAUCUUGGAACACUGCACGCUAAAACUCCACUGGACCUGUGGAAAAAGGUUUUUGAAAGGUUUUUUCCUCCAGAGAGCACAAACGAACGCAAAGAAGUGAAAGAUCCUGCCAAAGACCCACAGUACAGUGAACUUCUUAUAGAUGCCAUAAGAGCACAGAAAGACCAGGAGCUGGAGCAGUAUAAGCGAGAACAGGCAAAGUCAUGGAAAGGCCUGAGCCUGAAGUCCUAGAGCUGCAGGAACUCAUCCCAAAUCUCUACAUGAAUCGCACUUGCACAUAUACAAGUGCUUAAUGAGUAUCAACUGCACUGGUGGCUCAGUGGUAGAUGUUUCGCCUGCCAUGCGGAAGGCCUGGGUUUAAUUCCCAGUCAGUGCCUAAACCCCCCAGCCACUGGAUGCAGUGCCAGUCCCAAGCCUGGAUAAAAUGGGAGGGUUGCGUCAGGAAGGGCACACAACGUAAAGCCUGUGCGAAAAGUUGGAAAGUCCACUGUGGCGUCCACCUUGCCGGGAGCAGCCGAAAGAGAACAUAUUACAGUGGCAGGAAAUCAGGGGAAAUGGGCGAGCGUAAGGAUCUCAGCAGCUUUCACAAAAUGGCAGGUCUUGUUUGGUGUCAUGGUAUGCAGUGGUUAGUACCUACCUAAAGUAGUCCCAAGAAGUACAAUUGUUGAAUCAGUGACCACUAAAAGUUAACACUGACUUUGAUAAAAAUGUGUCACAACACACAGUGUAUCACAGCUUGUUGUGUAUAAGGCUGACUGAACUGAGUGCCCAUGCUGAGACCCCCUGGUUAGAAUCAUGCUUUCUUUUAUGUCAUGUAGCAGCAGCAGAAUGCAUAACAUCAUAAAGAUACAGGUCAAGAACUUCAGUUAUUGUUUAAAUCAACCAUGAAAAAAAUAAAGAAAACGUGUCAGUGACUUUAUUCGUAGCAGGGUGGGUAGAACCAGAUGGGUUGGUUUAGGUAUUUCAGAAAUUGCUGAUCUCCUGGGAUUCACACACCAUUCAAUGAAUUGUAUGGAAAGAUAAAAAAAGGGGGUAGACAGUCUGCAGGGCAAAAGAAACAGUUUCCAAAAAUUCAGAGCAGUAAAAAAAAGUAGGUUUGCACUUUCUGUAUCCACUAACAGAAAACAAUGAAUAAUAAAGGAGGGGGAAAAGUUGACUUUGCAAAAGAAAAAGUUUGGGGAGUUUAUGCAAUGAUCUUUGCCGAAUGACCACAAC